UCGGAAUUGUCUAUUUCAAUUUUGGGAUCCAUUCAGAACCGGGACCAUGUCUAGAUGUACUCUGAUGGAGUAUUAAAUAUUUGAUGCCAUAGGAAUAUCCUCCCAUAGCAUUCCCGAGCCUCUUCUUCUGCCCGUCAAAAAACGUGAACUUAACGCUCCACAGUCGCCACUGUCCUCCCUCACUAAAACCACCACAGCGAGGAGUCGCCUUCUCCACCCACUUUCUUCCCCAAUGAAUUUGAAGGUUCCUUUGUGUGAUUUGGAAAGUUGAAUAUCCUUUGAUUUCAUUUCUGGGUAAAUUAGAACUGUGGCAUAAAGUUGAUCUUGGAUUCUUGAUUUUGCUCUCAAAGUGCCCUAUUUAGUUUCUGGGUUCUGAUUUAAGAGCUGGUUUGUGUGUUCUGAACAAAACCCACCAACUGUGGUUUAGAGACAACUAUGGUUAAUUCAAUUGUGAGCUUCAGGGUUUGAUUUUCAGGGGUAAAACCAGACAUUGUCAUGGCCAAUUUGCUCUCAACCUCUUGUUAUGUGAACCCUAAGCUUCACCACAAGCCAACAAGCAUAGGCUCAGCCUUUAUGCCUAACAAAUCCUUCCAGCUCAAAGUUUCCAGCUCACCCAAAGGGCUUGUCUCGCGAGGGAACCAUUCAAACAAAUGCACCAUCCGUGCUAGGGCCGUUUUGUCGGAUCAAGAGAGCAAAACCGAGACGGGGUUGGGGGCCGAACAGAGUAGGAAAAAAGUCAUGGUUAUUGGCGGGGACGGGUAUUGUGGAUGGGCAACCGCUCUCCACCUAUCCAACAAGAACUACGAGGUUUCCAUUGUCGACAACCUUGUUCGUCGCCUCUUUGACCACCAGCUCGGUCUUCACUCUCUCACGCCCAUUUCAUCCAUCCACAACCGAAUAACCCGUUGGAAAUCCCUCACUGGAAAAGAUAUCCAACUCUUUGUAGGCGACAUUUGUGAUUUUGAGUUCUUAGCAGAAGCCGUGAAGUCUUUUGAACCGGACGCCAUUGUCCACUUUGGGGAACAAAGGUCUGCUCCAUAUUCAAUGAUGGAUAGGUCCAGAGCAGUGUUCACUCAACACAAUAAUGUGAUAGGGACACUAAAUGUUCUGUUUGCCAUAAAGGAGUUUAGAGAAGAGUGCCAUCUGGUGAAACUAGGGACAAUGGGUGAAUAUGGUACCCCAAACAUAGACAUCGAAGAGGGUUACAUAACAAUCACACACAAUGGGAGAACGGAUACCCUUCCGUAUCCGAAACAAGCGAGCUCCUUUUAUCAUUUGAGCAAGGUCCACGAUUCCCACAACAUUGCUUUCACUUGCAAGGCAUGGGGAAUUAGAGCCACUGAUCUGAACCAGGGGGUUGUCUAUGGGGUCACAACGGAUGAGACUGGAAUGCACGAGGAACUGGUUAACAGAUUUGAUUAUGAUGCAGUGUUUGGGACUGCUUUGAACCGUUUCUGCGUUCAAGCCGCUGUGGGUCAUCCUCUCACCGUCUAUGGUAAAGGAGGGCAGACCAGAGGGUACCUUGACAUUAGAGACACAGUCCAAUGUGUUGAGCUCGCAAUCGCAAACCCCGCAAACCAAGGAGAGUUUCGGGUAUUCAACCAGUUCACUGAACAGUUCUCUGUCAACCAGCUCGCUUCUCUUGUGACCAAAGCCGGAGAGAAACUCGGGCUUGAGGUGAAAACCGCGUCCGUACCCAACCCGAGGGUAGAGGCAGAGGAGCAUUACUACAACGCCAAACACACUAAACUCUUAGAGCUGGGAAUGCAGCCCCACCUGCUCUCGGACUCUCUUCUUGACUCGCUCUUGAACAUCGCCAUCCAAUUCAAAGACCGUGUUGACCUGAACCAGAUAAUGCCCGGUGUUUCCUGGAGAAAGGUUGCCACGAAGCCGAAAUCUGUGGCAGCCUAAAUCCAGGCACCUUUCUGUUUUAAAUCUAUUAUAAUUACUCCAUACAUUUUGAUUGUUCUUCUUAAAAAAAUUGUAUAUAUAAUGUGAUAAAAGGAAUAUGUAUGUAAAACUAUAAGUAACUUUAAAUCAAAGGAACCCAUUGGG